AUGUCAUCGUCCGUUCAUUUCAAAUUCAAGUCCCAGAAAGAACCCUCAAGGGUCACCUUCGAUGGCACUGGUAUUUCGGUCUUUGAGCUCAAAAGAGAGAUUAUCAGCCAAAGUAGAUUGGGCGAUGGGAGUGACUUUGAGCUGUCGAUCUACAAUGAGGACACCAGAGAGGAAUACGAUGAUGAUACCACCAUAAUCCCUCGGUCGACUUCCGUGAUCGCCCGCCGAUUGCCUGCAGCGCGCCCUGGUAAGGGCGGUGCCGCUCGUUAUGUCUCGGGCAAGAUGCCAGUCAACGCUCGCAUUGCCCCUCGCAAUGAACCCUCAAUGAGCCGAAUAACACCUGGAACGGGGCAAUCCGUGAACAACAACGUCCUUGAACUCAAUAAUGCCCAGACAGAAGAAGAGAAGAUCAAUGCUCUGUUCAACCUACAGGCUAGCCAAUGGCAGGAGCAACAACAAGAAAUGGCAAACGCAACACCCGUACCGUUUGGUCGUGGCAGAGGGAAACCCGUCAAUGUACCCGACCACCCUCCGCCUCCGGGGUAUCUUUGUUAUCGUUGCCGAGAAAAAGGCCACUGGAUUCAAGCAUGCCCUACCAAUAACGACCCCAAGUUCGACGGCAAAUAUAGAGUCAAACGAUCAACUGGCAUACCACGUUCACUCCAGACCAAAGUCGACAAACCAGAAUCCCUGGCCCCCGAUGGCUCCACUGAAGAUUCAAGGAACACAGGCGUCAUGGUGAAUGCUGAUGGCGACUUUGUUAUUGCAAAGCCAGAUAAGGCAGCCUGGGAAUUGUACCAAGAAAAGGCGAAGGCAUCGGCGGCAGCAGCUGCUGAAGCAGCAGCUGCCGAGGAAAGCAAAGCAUUGCAAGCUCGAGGUCUGGAAUGCCCAAUUGACAAGAGGAUGUUUUUAGAGCCAACAAAGACACCAUGUUGCCAGAGGACAUAUUGCAAUGAUUGUAUUUCAAAUGCCUUGAUCGAAAGCGACUUUGUUUGCCCGGGAUGUUCUACCGAGGGGGUCUUACUUGACAACCUCACUCCUGAUGAUGAAUCUGCAUCAAAAAUUAAGGUAUAUGAAGCCGACAAGGCGGAUGCCAAGAAGGAGAAGGAAAAACUCCCCGCAGGCCCGGAUGGUACUCCUGUUACCGAAGUCUCCGAAACCGGACCCAAGGAAUCUUCCACCAACAAAGAGCAGAGCCCGCUAGAUCAAAUCCAAGAGACUGCGCCCACACAAUCCAAGAAAAGAUCUGCCGAGGACGAGCCUACCGACCGGAGCGAAACUGCAAGCUCCGAGCCGAGUAUCGUGUCAAAGAAACAGAAGGCAGAUGAUGGUCGUUCCGACGUUCCGACUCAGACUAGUGGCGCCCAAGACGGCGCGCCUGUUGCCCCAGCAAAUUUUAAUAAUCAGGAUAUGCCCUUCAACGCCUUUGGGCCAAUGCAAGGCAUGUCUAUGAUGCCUUUCUCGGCUCCUGGAUUCAACAAUGAAGCCAUGGGGUUUAUGAACCCCAUGAUCAAUGGUUUUCCCAGUGGGAUGGCUCCGGGAUGGAAUCCGAUGAACAUGCCUUUCAAUCCUCUUCAAGCUGGAAUGUUCGACCAGAGCAAUGGCGGUAUGUCCAACGGAUUUCCCAAUAUGUUCAAUGGAGACCCUUCCAUGAUGUUCCCCAUGCCCCAGAAUGGGUUCCAAGGACCAAGCUCUGGAAUGAACAAUUUCUCAAAUCAGCAGCGGACAGCUUUCAGCACACCAUACUCCCGGGAAGAAGAUUCACCAUAUUUCCGUCAGCCUGUGAAUCCGCAACGUCAUCAGGCUAGAAACCGACGGGUUCGGCCUAGCGAUUACAGGGAGCUCUGA